AUGGCUGCUAAUGCGUUCGGCCAGUUUCUGGACGAUUACUCUCACGCACAGUCCCUUUGCUGGGAUAUCAGAGCGGCUGUCAAUAUGUACACCACGCCUGACGAUCCGAAUUGGGAGUCGAAGCGUGCUGUGAUGUUGAGAAAACAUGGCAUUGGUUCACAAUUCUAUAAGAAUUACCGCGAAAUAAACCCAAGCAUCACGGCUCGACUUGCGGAGGAGCCUGGGGAACGAAAAGUAACAGGCACGGCCAGCCGCAAAGGCAAGGCAAAAGCCAAACGAGAGGCGCUUCUCGAAGUUCAAGAAGACACGUGUACGGCUGCUGGCCGGCUUGAAAGUCCCGUCUUUGGAUACAUCGACCUCGAUGGCAUCGCACCACAUCCGCUCGCAUUUGUCAACCAAGACAUGGAGGGUCGCGGGUGGUUGACAUUCAAAGGGAGGAUCUCGCUGCGUCCGCCUUUCACAACCUCCACCGCUUUCGACACUUGUGCACUCGAUUUCAUGAACUCGGUGAUCACUUUAUCAGGCUGGGAUCGACAUCGAGCAAUGCAAAGAUUUUGUGAAAGGAGCGCACCAGCCAUGACUGGACACCUGAAAGCUGACGUCUCUCUGACUCCGGAAGCUCUGCAGUACGGCACUCUUCCGCUCGACAAUCCAUUUGUCGAAUUCAGAGCAAAGAAAAAGCAUGACAUGGCAGCCAAGGUUCCUCUCGCUUCCUCGGCCGCGAUGCGAAAGCUUAUGAACGCUAUUUUGAACCGUCCGAGUUCGCUCCUCGAGAUCGACACUACGGCUAGUUACUGGUCUCAGUCUCCCAACAAGUUUUACACACUGCCGGAGGAACCGAGGCGAAUUCCACAGGACGCGCAGGCCCUGGCGUCCAACAAGACGACGAGAGGUCGAUCCGGCCUCAAGACGGGGGCAACCGUUCUGCUCGAUCCAUGCAACAAUUCAGUUGCCGGAAUGUCAGAGGGCGACCUGCGUGGAGACCAAGAUGAAGAGAAGCUCGACAGCAUGAUGACAUCUGAUCAGCUACCUUUCAAUAACAGCACGAAGCUUCUUCUCGAAGCUUGUCGACCUGCUUCUGAUCACGAAGAAGCUACUCCUCCGGCCGGCUCACUCAACUCGACAAUGCUGCUGUACCAAAGGAAGGCUCUUUCGUGGAUGCUGCGUCGAGAAAGACCUAUGACCGAGGACUCAGAAGCCCGGACCUUCCCUGGUUGGACGGCACUUCGCGCCAAAGUGCCCGAAUCAGCCGAUCAGCACCAGUCGAAGAGAGUCAAGGCGGAAAAUAAUGACGAAGGAGCCGUGUCAGAGAAUUCUACCGGCCUACCUGGCAAAUGCGGGACAUUCUACUUCGAAGAAGUGACCGGCAUGCUCAGUGCAAAGCGUUUCAAAGCGCAUCCAUUGCAACCUGGUGGACUUUUAGCCGAUCAGAUGGGCUUGGGCAAGACUGUUGAAAUUCUCGCUCUCAUCGCGUCCAACCCGCGGACUCCGGACUACUGCGACAUUUCAAGUUAUCGGGAGGAGAUCCGCGAAGCGUGCAAGCAGCUCCAAGACCUGGACAUUGUUCUGACAACUUACGAAUUCCUGACUUCCGAGCUCAGGUUGUGCAGCCGGAUCACCUUCUCUCAAUCGACUCCGCGCUCCUGUCCGCUUGAGGUGCUGUGGCAUAGAGUCGUUGUGGAUGAGGCGCAGAUGAUCUCGCAUUCAACCGAAAAGGUCGCAGGCAUCUGCAACGAGCUUUGGCGUACAAACGGAUGGUCAUCUACGGGCACACCAAUCACACAAGGCGUAUCAGACCUGCACGGCUUGCUUGUCUUCCUCGAUCAUGAUCCUCUCGCAUCGGCCCGGCACUUUAAGACUCUGCUUGAGAUCCCAUUUGAAAAGGCCGACGCGCUUGGUAUCUAUCGCAUGCGCUCUCUGCUCCCUCGUUUCAUGUGGCGUCACACGAAGGACCAUGUGCGGGAUGAACUCGACUUGCCAAGCAACGAGACAAUCUGGCUGGACCUCAAGAUGACGGGCUUGGAGCACACCCUCUACAGCAAAAAUGUCGCUGAGUUCCGCAAGAAGUUCGUGCAUGCCAUCAGAUCAGGGCGCACGCCAGACCUCACUUCCGUCAACUCACUACGCCAGCUCGUCUCGCAUCCUCAGCACUCGGACGACUUCGGCUCAGAUGCGCGCCUCAGUUUUUUGCAGCUCUUUGACCGUCUACUCGAAAGGAAUGAGCGCGCUUUGCGCACGCGCAGGGCGCACAUCUGCACGCUUACCUUGCAACUUGCAUUUGGCGUUCAGUUUUACUCGAAUUUGAAGGGCCAAAAGUGGGAUGGUGGCGAGCCUCCGAGCGACGACGAGAUGCGGAGGCAACAGAAGAGCGCAAAAAAGCCGAAGCAAAUGCUGCGCAUCAAGAACAGAAAGCGGCGGUGGAACAUGCCGAGGACUCUUGACGGUAACCCAGACCCGCCCAUGCAUUUCAAUCCAGAGCGCCAGACUCUACUGUUCUACGAGAAGAUCUAUCGCGAUGCUUCUGAAGCAGACUUGGAAAAUCCGGAGUUCCAUCUCGUUGAUCGCGAUGCAGGCUCAGAAGAAGUGGGGCCAGCAGCCAAUGGGUUCAUCUUUGACAAUGCGGUUGUGAUGAGGAACCGGCUCAGAGGGGGCGCCACAGGACGUCGCGAACAGAUUGGCUGGAUCCUCAAACCGCGGGCAAAGAUGGAUCGCCUAAAGAAUGAACUGGUCACCCAGCAUGAACAGCUUGAUGCCACCACUCGCGAUGUGCGGUACCUACGCAAUCGGCCUCGCGAAGAGGCGAGCAGCGCUUCCACUAAGGGCAAUGGCACUGCUCGUUGCGUAGAGCGCUUGGCUGGGAGGAAGGAACCUGUUUGCCCAAACUGCAGAAUGCCAUUCAAGAAGGCUACUUUUGUGCAGCGAUUUUUGCCCAUGCGCAGCGCGCAAGCCAUGGCGCGUAUCUCUAGGAUCAGACAGACGCGCUCCCAAAGUCAGAACACGACGACCAUCCGCGUCCGGAUGAAGAACACGAUCGAAGAGGAAAUUGUCGAGAUCGCUUCGCGCAAGACGAAGCAGACCGACGUCGCCACAGGCGGCAAGUACCGGGACGGCUUGACACUGGACGAUCUGGCGAAGAUCUUGGGUGUCAAUAUCGUCAAGGAGCGCGAAGAGGCGAGACUACACAGGGUCCAGCGGCGUGCCGAGGUCCAAGCCGCACGAGAAACGGCUUGGGGCCGCUUCCAAGCUGCCAUCAAUCGUAACUAG